AAUAUUGUUGUAUUUAUUUUAUAGCAAUGCCCUGUGUUCAAACUCAGUAUGGAACUGUGCCCUACGACAACAACUACUUUAGCUCUGAGUUCCUGAACCCCGACCUCAGUGCUAAGCCAGCCAUGGACAUCGGUGCCCAGCGGGACCAGCUCACCGCCUCCUCCCUCCCCAGCAUCAACACCCUGGUGGGCAGCGGCUACGUGGGCGAGUUUGACGCCUACUCCUGCCAGAUCACCACCUCUGCCUCCAAUGCCCCCUCCGGCCCCGCGGCCGGCAGCAGCUCCAGCCCUCAGGCUCAGCACUCAGCCUUCAAACUGGACGACCUCCAGGUGUACGGCUGCUACCCGGGCUCUUUCGCCCUCAGUUACCUUGAUGAGACGCUGUCCUCCUGUGGCUCCGAUUACUAUGGCAGCCCUGCGUCGGCCACUGCCUCCCCACCCACCCCGGGCUUCCAGAGCCAGCCUGGCCCAGCCUGGGACUCCCCCUUCAGCCCCUACUCCCCAGGCCCUGGGUGCUGGGUGGCUGAUAAGUCAGGCCUAGCUCAGCAGCCCUCCUUCUUCACCUUCACCCCCCCGUCGGAGCAGCAUUCCCCCCUGGGGCAGCACCAGGGCCCCCAGCAGGGUGAGGAGGACCCUUUCUUCCAGCCCUCCCAGCAGAACGCCUCCCCUCUCCAUUACGCCCCCUUAUCUCUGGACCAGGUGUCCCUAGACAGCCCCAGGCUCAUGGAGGGGCCUAUGUCGUCCCCUAAGAUCGGCAGCCCCGGGGCCAAUGAGGGUCGCUGUGCGGUGUGUGGGGACAACGCCUCCUGUCAGCACUACGGGGUCCGCACCUGUGAGGGCUGCAAGGGCUUCUUUAAGGUAGGAAGCUUCACAGUAGUUAUAUUAUUAUUAUUUUACAGGCUGUCUGCAUAGGAAGUUUUUAUGAUUCAGUUACACAUAAUAACCUAUUCAUACAUUAACUUGGCUCCAGUUCCAGUAGAAGUGUGAUUAUACAAGAGAAAGGGGAACAUUGAGAAAUGUGCAGGAAAAUAAUCACACUGUUCUUUGUUUUCUCUUCUUGCAGCGAACUGUGCAGAAGAAUGCUAAAUACGUGUGCCUAGCCAACAAGGACUGUCCAGUAGACAAGCGGCGGAGGAACCGGUGCCAAUUCUGCCGUUUCCAGAAGUGCCUGGUGGUGGGAAUGGUGAAAGAAGGUAAUGCCAUGUUACACCCCCUUAAAGCCUUCAGUGACUACUAUAUUUGAUGUGAAACCCAAGCUCGAACUGACAGCAAUGCGAAACUGAAGCUUUACAGUGCCCACUCGUAGAAAAAGAUAAACUGAAAUGGAUAUAGCAGUUGUUUAGUGAAACGGAGGCUUGCGGUGACAGUCACAUGAGAAUCUCAGACACGUACAGUCAGUGAGAGUAUUUGUUUUUAUUUUCUCUCUCUCACUUGCAGUCGUCCGCACAGACAGCCUGAAAGGUCGCAGGGGUCGUCUGCCCUCUAAACCCAAGACUGUGCCGGAGUCAGCGUCCACCACUCCACCCAUCAACAUCAUCACCUCUCUUGUCAGGGCUCACAUAGACUCCAACCCUGCCAUCGGAAAACUGGACUACUCCAAGGUAAGACCUCCAGACCCUGUCAUGUGACUCAUGGAACAGCAUAUUAUUGGUUGUCUGUUAAGUGCCUGCAGUAGCUCGUCUUUGCUGUUGAAUCUCUCUCAGAACUUAGCCAGUUGCUGUUGCUAAAGUUAAGCUUCUUGCUUUAAUAUCGUUGUUAUGUAAUUAAACUUAUUUGAUGGAAGUCAUCUCGAUCACAUUUCACACUAAAUGUUAUGAAGAGUGGGACAUCAGAGGCAGUGAGUCAUCACUUUCUUUCCUCUUUCCACUCCUCAGUACCAUGAGACAGUGGCCAGCCUAUCAGAGAAAGAGGAUGCCAACGACAUCCAGCAGUUCUACGACCUGCUGACAGGCACCAUGGAUGUGCUCCGGAAAUGGGCCGAGACCAUCCCAGGAUUCACCGCCUUCUGCCCAGAAGACCAGGAGCUGCUCCUGGAAUCUGCUUUCGUGGAACUCUUCAUCCUCCGGCUAGCAUACAGGUAUAUUUACCAUUGUAAACAUUGACUGGCACCCUAUUCCCUAUGGGCCCUGGUGAAAAGUAAUGCACUUAAUAGGGAAUAUAGUGCCAUUUGGGACGCACACAUUUACUGUAUAAUUCCUUAUAAAACACAAAUGUUUGCCCAAUGUUUCUGCGAUAUAUGUUAAGACUGUUCUGUGUCUAGGUCGAGUCCUGAGAAGAACAAGCUGAUCUUCUGCAACGGCGUGGUACUUCACCGUAUGCAGUGUGUGCGGGGCUUUGGCGACUGGAUCGACUCCAUCAUGGACUUCUCCCACAGCCUCCACCGCAUGAACCUGGACGUGUCCUCAUUCGCCUGCCUCGCAGCACUCGUCAUCAUCACAGGUGAAACACAUUCACAUACAAACACAUGCACCUACACACGCACACACACACACACACACACACACACACACACACACACACACAGACACAUACAAUUUCACUAUACAGUUAGUUUUAGUGAACCCCUUCUCUGCUCCACAAGGAGCUGAAAGCAAUACGUCUGGUAAGUUCUGGUAACUCAACUGAAACACUCAUACUAUAUGCUUGUGGUAUAUAGCCUGUCACAAGCGCAUUUAUUCAUGUUUCUCAUCAAGAGGUUUCUCCUUGUUGUUUCUCCUCAGAUCGCCAUGGCCUUAAAGAGCCCAAACGGGUGGAGGAGUUCCAGAACCGCCUCAUAACCUGUCUGAGGGACCACGUGACCGGCAGUGGCUCCGACGCGGGGCGGCCCCAGCCAAACUUCCUGUCCCGACUGCUGGGGAAGCUUCCCGAGCUGCGCACCCUCUGCACCCAGGGCCUGCAGCGCAUCUUCUACCUGAAGCUGGAGGACCUGGUCCCCCCACCGCCCAUCGUAGACAAAAUCUUCAUGGAUACCUUACCUUUCUGAAAAGACAGAUAAAAAGAGGACGAGGAAUGAUUAAGUGAUGAUGCUGAGUAGACAAAAAUAUGAUAAACUGAGGAGGUGAAUAGGGGGCCGUU